AUGUCCACGCUCAAUGCACUUCUCUCCUCCUACGCUGACGUCUUUGCCUCCGAGCUGGCGGCUGUGCAUACGAAUCACGAGACGCUUCUUAGGAAGAUUGUUCUUUUGGCGACUUUUGAGAAGAUGCAAACUGCCGCCUUAAACUCCCCAGCCAGUCCUCCUUUCAACGCGGUCAGCCAGAAAUCCGUUGACUGUUGUGAGCUCGAGGGUCUGGAGAGGGGUCCUUUGCUGCAGCAGAUCAGCGACUCAGCGGCCCUCCUCGACACCAGCCUAACUCGAGCCUGGGAGCGGGUGGAGGAG